UGAUUGACACCUGUCCCUGUCCUGGUUUAUCUAAGAAGUUGCUGCCACUAUAAAAUCGUAGCUGCUUUGAGCCGUGCCACAGUUUAAGUCGUCGGACAUUCAAAUAUGUUGAAGCUUUGCUGGCUAUACGUGGCUGUGGCCGUGGCCCUUGCCUGGCUGGCUGUUGGCAUACGCGGUGAGGUGGCUUUGAGUCAGGAGGACUACAACAAGACUUGGAUCUACAUGCCAAAUGGCGAGGGCAAGCCAGAGGUCGCCUAUUUGGUGGAACCACCGCCGGAGAAUCGAAUCAAUCUGCCGCAGCUCAUCAAAUUUGAGCUCUAUGGAAGCGAUGCCUCUCUCAGCUCCAGUGCAGACUUCUGGAUCGACGACAACAACUUUGAGUUCUCGCAGCGGCACAAGCGCGAUACCUGGCAGGAAAUGGCCGAGAAGUUCAAUCCCGCAUUGGACACCAAGAUCCUCGUUCACGGCUGGAAAUCGAGCACCAUGAGCAACUCCAUUCAGUCCAUUCGCGGCGCCUACAUAGAGCGCGGUCAGGUGAAUGUCUUCGCCAUCAAUUGGCAGGAUCAGGCGGACAAUAUCUAUUACCUGACCCCGGCACGCUACACGGUGCAGGUGGGCAGGGCGGUGGCCAAGCUAAUCGAUCUGCUCGUCGAGGAAAAGGACGCAGAUCCGCAGCGCAUUCACCUGAUCGGGCACAGUCUGGGUGCCCAUAUAAUGGGCUAUGCGGGCUCGUACACCAAGUACAGGGUGAAUCGUAUAACAGGCCUGGAUCCGGCACGACCUGCCUUCGAGGAUUGCAUUGGACCGGAGAAUCAUUUGGAUGACACGGAUGCCAAUUUUGUGGAUGUCAUACACAGUUGUGCGGGCUAUUUGGGCUUUCGCAAGCCCAUUGGCAUGGUGGACUUUUAUCCGAAUGGCGGUGGGCCACCGCAGCCCGGCUGCAAGGAGCUCUCGCAGAUUUUCACUGGUUGCAGUCAUGGCCGCUCCUACGAGUACUAUGCCGAGUCCAUCAAUUCCCCCAAGGGUUUCUAUGGCGUGCCCUGCUCUGGUCUGGACGAGCUGAAGGGCAAGAACUGCACUGGCAGCAAAAUCCUGAUGGGUGAUCCAGUGCCACGCGAUGCUCGCGGCAUCUUCUUUGUGAAGACCGCCAACAAGCCGAGCUAUGCCCUGGGCAUAGGCGAAAUCUUGAACUGAUUUGCGUCAUUUUCUGUUUAAAAUAUCAAAAAUUAUUAAUAUUAUUAUUA